AUGGCUUUAUCUGCUGGGAUUCUUCUAAUUUGCUUCCAAAGGCCUGCCACUGAUGGCGUAGGAGCCGUCUUUAUCGUCUUUGCAAUUGGUAAUGGUUUAUAUGCUUGUUGGGUUACACAGAGAACUGGGUUUUGUUCUAAGAUCUUCAUCAAAUCACUUGAACCAGUAUCUAAAUUCCCUGAUUUGAAUCGACCAACGUAUUGGAUGCUUGGGGCCGGGUUCUUGUGGAUGUCACUGUGGAUUUUAGCU